GGAGAAUUUCCUGGUCGUGCUACCGUCAUCCAAAUUACAACUUUUUUUUUUAUAUCUGCCUUCUAGUCUUCUUCUGUUAAACUUUCGGUAUAGAUGAUUGAAAACUGUGAUUAAGUUAACAUUUUAUCACGUGACUAUAUGCUGCUCGAGACUUGUUGAUACACAUUGAAAAAUGCUCUGUGUGUAAACAAGUGGUGGAAUUGUGGUGUAUUUGCCUUCACUCUGUUCGUAAGAUUGACUUUAACCCGAACAAAAUUUGGAAGGCGGUGUAGUGAUCAAACAGGCUGUUAAAAAGAUUUUCUUAAACGUGAAAUCAAGUUGUGUGUAAGAUGGUUAGGAGGUAUUAUUUUCACCCACUGCAGCCACUGAUUCUGUCAUCCAGAUGACCGAAUUACAGCAUCUUCAGAAGUUACACAAACUUAAAUCUCCACAGUGUUUGUUGCCGCCACCUCCAGCUGGACCUGGAGUUGCCAGCUGCUGCAGCACAGUGGAUAAGGAAUUUGAUCCCCCUGUGGAGAUGAUGGUGAAUGAUUUUGAUGAUGAAAGAACACUGGAUGAAGAAGAAGCAUUGGAAGGAUCAGAAGACCCUCAAAUUGAACUGUCUAACCUGCAGCGGGAAGGGGAUAUGCCAUUAGAGGAAUUGUUAGCAAUGUAUGGAUACGGAGACCCGUCAACAGAGAAUUUACAGUCGAGUAGUUCAGAGAUGUCAAACCAAGAUAUGGCGCUUGAGAAUGAUGGUGUUGGUCACGACAUGUUGGAUGAGGAGUGUGAUGAAAAGAGUGGGCAAACUGAUCUGCAACAGUUGUACAUCAACCUGCCUGAGAAGGAAGCUGAAGAGAAUGCUGGUACGUCAAGGCUGCUGAGACUGUCACGGCAGCAGAGUGAAGAAGAGGAGGAGGACUAUGAUUACAGCCCAGACGAAGAGGAGUGGCGGAAGACAAUCAUGGUUGGGAGUGAUUAUCAGGCAGGAAUUCCUGAAGGUCUUUGUAAGUAUGAUGAUGCUCUGCCUUAUGAAAAUGAAGAUAAGUUGUUGUGGAACCCAAGUUCUCUGUCUGAAAAGGAUGUGGAAGAUUUUCUCGUGAAAGCACAGGAACCCCUUGUGAAUAAUGCGCAAGGGGUAAAUGCUAUACCUAUCGGGACUCAUACGAGAGAUGACGAACAGGCCCUCUACUUAUUACUUCAGUGUGGUUAUAACAUUGAAGAAGCCUUAAGAAGGCGGCGUAUGAAUGUUGUACCACCGACUGACACCAUGAGCUUGUGGUCUGAGGAAGAAUGCAGAAAUUUUGAAAAUGGCCUUCGCAGUUAUGGUAAAGAUUUUCAUCUUAUCCAACAAAACAAGGUGAGAACACGAUCAGUUGGAGAGUUGGUUCAGUUUUACUAUCUUUGGAAGAAAACUGAGAGGCAUGACAUAUUUGCCAACAAAGCAAGAUUAGAGAAGAAAAAGUACACACUACAUCCAGGGAUCACAGAUUAUAUGGACAGGUUUCUCGAGGAGCAAGAAAGUGGGACUGUCACUCACAGAGACAGGAGCUCUUCCCCUAACAUCCAUUGCCUUAUUUACGGGGACCCAAAACGUCACAGAAUACAAGAUAAUGCCCCAGGAGAAACGGCAAAUCAUACGACACCUAUGUCCUAUACUGGAGAUCCUCUCAGUGAACUGGCAAAUCAUCUUGAUAAAGAGAGCUUAGAGUCUCUAGUGAACUUAGCAGCAACAGCAGCAGGAGGCAUGGAGAGUGGAAACGUGGAACCAAGGGUUGACUCUGUGGGUGGUGGAUCAACAUCAGGUGCUGCUGCUGUCACACAGUCAGGUAGUGCCACCUUGAACAGCGUGGAGAUGGCAUUUUCCAGCACAACUGUCAGUGCUCCGACUAUGCUAUCGUCCACCGAGACCUCAUCCCAUACCGCAGAAUCUGUUGUGCAGUGACAGAAGCAAUAUCCCAUGAUGCAAUAAUGUGCGUGCGGUGUGCAACGAGAAUUCAGUUCCUUAUUCCUUCGCCUCUGGAACUUGGUGCGUACAUAUUUUCAUUAUUAAUAAAAUUUGGUGUAUAUGGGUGACUACAGAAGUGAGUUUAGAUUUUUUAAGUCAUAUCAUACUGGAAGCCGUUAGUAUAAAUGUGUAAAUACAAUGUGUGCCAGAGAA